AUGGAAGGCUUCCUCAUGUUGUCGUUGACGCUUAUCAUCACAAAUGGUAUUUCAGCUGCUGCAGAAGACUUCGAUCGCGAAUUCCAAUCGAGAGCAAGGGCAAACAUGGGGUACAACCCAAGCAGUGCCAGACGUGCACUAGAUGAUGGCGCUUCGUCAUCAUACCGUCAUCGUUCAGCAGAUGUUGCUGGACGACCGAGAACAGGGGACAAUGCACCAAUCAUAACAUUGCCGGAUGAUGAAGAAGACGAUGACAAUAGGGAACGUGGAAGAUCGAAUGCUGGGACAAGUCGACAUAGUAAUGGCUAUUCUGGUCCGGUAAUUCGUGAAAUAAGUGAAGAAGAGGCCGAGUCGAGUAUUCCAAAGCGUCGCCGAGGUUUCGGAGGCUUUUUUCGAGCGAAUAACGAGUAA